AUGCAGACUAGAACGAACGCUACUGCAGAUUCAAGUCCCCGUUCCCAGCAAAGGCGGAAUCUUUACGUGCAAAGUACCAGUUCUUUCAUAGACUUUAUGUUUGACGAAGGCAUCAAUUUCCUCCUGCCUGCCUCGACAAUGACAAAUUGCUGGAGCCACAAGCAGCGUGACAAGCACAAGUUGUCGCCAGCGUCACGCAUACGUGAUGCCAUAGGACCCGUUCGUAAUGUCAAAUUUGCGCCUAGAAAACGCACAGCGCAAGGCGGGGUUCCUCGAGGUCGAAGCAGGACACCGUUAUCCGACUUGGAUGACGACAAGCCACUCCUCUUGGAAAAAGCAUUAUCAGAAUCGGCGGAGCAGUAUCCAGAAGACUAUAUUGACCCAGAGACUUAUGUGAAACGCUCUGUCGAAGAACGACAGCAAAAGUCUUUGGAAGAGGGCAAAAUAUCUCGACCAUUGAACUCGUACAUGCUGUAUAGAAAGGCAUACCAGCAAGUAGCCCGGAAGGUGAUAAGAAAAGACCAACAACAAUCCGCGUCACAAACUGUUGGAACAUCUUGGACGAAAUUGGAGCAUGAUGACGUCAAAUCAAGGUUUCGAGCGCUGGCGAAAAUUGAUCAUCAAAUGCACCACAAGGCGUUUCCUUCCUACAAGUAUACUCCUACCCAAGGGAAAAAUCCAAGAAAUUCGCCUGAAUCAAGGAAAUUGCCGAUUCCAGUUGAAGGCCAGCUCACACAGCAACCCGAGGACCAAGACAUGGAGUUCGAUUUGGCCAUCAGUAGUACGGAGUUCACCUCUCCGACUUCAGAAGCGACCAAGCCGCUUCUGUCUCACGAGGACAGCAUCAGUUGGUGGCAGGAAGAACACCAGAAUGUCGCCGCUCCAUUUUCGCGUAACGGCGUUAGCUCCCACGGCUACGACGCUUACUUGAUGCCAGACUCUGCCUGCUUCGACUCUCAGGCGGUUGACAGUUUUCAAGGGCAUGGGCCUGUUCAGCUGUCUGUUCAAAUAGCUCAACUCGCGCCUGGCCAAUUAGAGGGCCUGGGCAUGGAAAACUGCAUAGAUCCAUCCCUUUUCUCCUCCACUGGGAGCUCGAGCUCUCCAGAUUCCAUUCGAUACUCAGGAUGGCAGCCUCAAGAGUCGAUUACCAGCCAGGGUCUUACUUCCUUCAUGUCCGAUUUCAUGGCAAGCCAGCCCUUCAACAAUGGGUUUCCCAACCAAGACAUUUGGCCGGCUGAGCAAGUGAGCGAACGAGUCAUAUACCCAGGAUGGCAAGCAAGCUGCCGAGAUAACGAUGUUUGA